AUGCCCGACCCAUCCUCGCUCUUCCGCGACGUUGUAUGGACGUUUGACCCAUCCAUCACACAAGCUGUACGCAAUGCACGCCGAUUGGCCUUGAGUACCCUCGCCGAUGUCCCUGGUGAGGAGACAACCUAUAACGGCAACAUGAAUGCAGUGCUUGGCACCUGUUUUUCACCAAAGCUGCCAAGCGAACUUGGCCCCGCCCUCCUUGACGCCCACGUUAUCAUUGCCACCAAUCGCGACCUGGGCCCAUUGCACGCUCAAGGGCGGUCGAGAUAUCGCGACACGCCAAUGCAAGCCGAGAUCCGCCAGCUGCGACGUGACGCCGGUGACAUCUCUACAGUUCCAUCCGGAUCCGUCGUCUCUGUCAAAACCAUUAGGGACGGUAUACGAAAACCAGAUGAUGUUAUUGCCGCCAGGCAUGGCCAACUGGCGAUCUGCGGCCUAGUCGGUGAGAGGAAGUGCUCCUCAGCAGAGUGGGACGGUUCACUUGUUUCGCGGGGAUUGGCGCAAAGCAUCGUUCAACUCGUCAGCUCGCAUCAGGCGUUCGGCACCCAGAUCGCAAUCGACAUGUUCAACGCAAAGUUCCUCCGUCUCCUCGCUCUCUCCGGCACCUUGGUCGCGAUCGAUGUGUCAGACUGGUUCUUGGACGAGGCCACCCUCCCGCCCGGUAUUCCAAUUCAUGUUGAGGACCUGCUCGACAACGCCGCGAACACCUCAGACGGCUGCACGAUCUUCCCACACGACUUUGCGAAUGACGACGGCUUCGGCUAUUGGUGGAGCCUGCCCGUGGCGGCCAUCGAGUACAUCGUCUCCCAGCCGGUUACCUGCCCGCCUAUUGUCUCCAACCACAUUGUUCUCCCGUCGUCCCUCCGCUUCCGUCCAGAUGGACAGAUGCUUGGGGCCAGGUUAAAGGCUCGCGUUGCCAACCACAUCUCCCAGCAGGAGGUAGCGCCAGAAUACGAGAUCCUUGAGAGCGACGGUGAUCAGCCUGGUGACCAUGUAUCGGAUGCUGUACUCAUGGGUGCCGACUUUGGCGCGCGUGUGACGCGGUUGUCGACCGUUGCAGCCAAUGCAAAUGAAGGAGAGGGCCCGCGUGACGGACCAAGCAAAGAAACAGAGGAUGAGUUGUACGAGCCGCUCUCGUCUGACUUUCCUCCCCCGGUUCCCGACUGUUAUCCUCCCCCCGACUACACGCCCAUCCUCGCGGCCAAAACCCCGGAUGUGGAAAAAGGCCCGAUUGAUCGCAUGCAGCUCCUCAAGGAGGCCCUCGGCCGACAACGCGUCCAAGUGGUGUUGCUCCGGACGGUCCAAUUCGACGGCCUGCUUGAACAUCAAGGGCUGUCUCCUACACCUAUACCCCCCGCCUUCUGA